GCCGCCGAUGGUCCCGGCACAACAUGGCGGCCGCCGGCCGGGCCGGACCUUGAGUACUGCUGCCCUCGUUCCGCCCGCGGGGCCGAGGCCGCCGGGGACAGCGCCCGGCCCGGCCCUCCGCGCACGGAAGCUGAUGUGAAGGAAACCAACUAUGAAAGGUCUGAGGAAUUUGUACUGCCUGUUUCCACAAUUACUAACAAGUGCGUCCCUGCUGAACAUUCAGCUUGAGAAGAAAUUCUCACAGAGCUGAUGGAGGAAUCCUUGCAAAUCUACGACUGGAAGUAUGAUUCAUCCACGCCUGGGGUCUUUGUCACCUUCACACCUGCAUUGUGAAUAUGAACAUUUAGAGUGCUGUUACUCUGAAGAACCUCAAGGAGAGAUAUCCAUUUUGGAAACCUGUGAGCUCUGUUGAGAAAAUACACCGAGGUGGCUGACCAGUGUGCACAAUAACACUGAAAGCAGGAGUGAUCCCUGCAAGAUUACCUGGUGAUGCUGGAGAGUGCUUAUGACUGCCGGGAGUACAGUGCUGGGAGGGCCUGUAAAGUGAGCUGAGGAUGAGAUGGAUUUACCACAAAAGACUUGACGCUCUUGGUGUAUACAUCAUCAGUGAGCUGCAGAUAAACACAGCACACACAUCAGAGGAUGGAUGCGGAGGUGGACUGGGACUCUGAAAAUAGCACUUGUGACACAGGUGAGGAGCUGUCAAAUGAUUCCAGAAAGAGCACUAAGGAGGUGGGCUACCAGUCUUGCCUCCAGGAGGAGGUGGGCAUGAAUUACUCACAGACACGCAGUCCUCGUCGCAACGCUGCAGGACCAUCAGAUAAACAGGAGCUUCCUACAGAAUCGCAGUGUGAAGACAAAGAAAUCUAUCAGACCUAUUACCAGAAACAAGGUGAGAGUACUGCUGGGAUAUUUGUCCCCUCCAGUACCAACUUGGACCUGCAGUGUGAAGAUAAAACCUUACAGCGCGGUUCCUCUGAGCACUCCAAGAGAUCGCGGAGAAGAGCGCGUGGUGAUAAUGAAAAUGCCCUUCUUGAUGGUGCAUUUGAUGCAGAGCCUGCAUCUGGGAAAGCUUUGUCCUAUCGGUGCAAGAAGUGUGGUGCCUCUUUCCAGGGCACGAGUGAGCUGCAGCAACAUAAACGGACUCACCUGGUGGAAAACUCAUACCGCUGUCCUGUCUGUGCCAAAGAGUUCUUCCGUGCAGCCAACUUACGCAUGCACAAGCUCAUUCAUAACAGUGACAGGCCACACAAGUGUCCAGAGUGUGACAAGGGUUUCAUUCGCACGGCUGAUGUCUGGAGGCACCUCCGCAACGUGCACAAGAUAGAGCGCUCCAUGGUGAUCUUAGGAAAUGGCAUGGCUAGGAACCCGUGGUCGAUAGUGCACCGGAACCAGCACACUGUUGAGUACACCGAUCAGCCUUGUGCAGAUAACCACAAGGCUGAGGAAGAAGACUGUAAGCCUUACGCCUGCCCGACGUGUGGCAAAGGUUUCGAUAAGCCCAACCUGCUUUCCAAACACAAGGUGAUCCACCGGCAGGAGAAGCCCUAUAAGUGUCAGGAAUGCGGCAUGGCGUUCGUCCAGCUGCUCAGGCUGAAAAGACACCAGCAGACUCACUCUGGGGUGCGUCCCUUCUAUUGCGAGGAGUGUGGAGGGACGUUCACAAGGCUGGCCUCACUCCAGCGCCAUCAGCGCAUCCACACCGGAGAGAAGCCCUACUCUUGUGAUUACUGUGGGCAUUCCUUCACCGAGUCAGAUGCAGGUGAUCAGUGAAGAAAACUGUCUACAGUGACUGCAGGUUCAGGCAGAUGUUGCCAAAUUCUCCAUGAGUGUGACUUUGGAAGAGGUAUGUAUUGCCACUGUUACGGCAGUGGGAUAACUUUGAAACAUAAUCGUGAUGCUUACAAUCACCUCUUGUUAACCGCUGUGGUAGAAGCAUCCAGUUUGCCCUUAAGUGCCAGCACAGAUUUCCUUUCUGUCAGAAAGCUCUGCUUCCUUUCCCUGCCAGCUGCUGUGAUUUCACUCGUUUCUGUCUAAUGCAUUCUGCCUUUUCAGCAGGAGGCUGUGCAGCAGAGUGAAAGUAAAAUUUCAGGGUAAUGUACCUUUGCUUUUACUACCGGACUAUUUAAUGUAAAGUAGUGGUUGUGCCAUUUGGCUGCAUCUUUCGCAGGGUAAAAAUGGCUUGUGUUCUCCUGUGUUUCUGUGCAGAUGUGAAGUCCCGAGGCUCUGUGUGUAAGAACUUGGGCUGAGCGUGAUGCUGUUCCUGGGGUGAUGGCUGCUCAGCAGGCGUGCUGCACUCAUGGUUAGUGCAGCGUUUGAUGUGAGGUCCUUGGCUCAGAUCAAGCUGAACCACUGUCCUCAGCAGCACUUUAGCUUGACUGCCAAAAGGAGUCUUAAUUCUCCCAGUCUUACUAGUGGAUUGCUUUGAUUUGAUUCAUCAAAGGAGUUUCCAGAUCAGGGAUCAGAUCUGCAUUCCUGUACUUAGGAAUGUGUUGUGUUGUCUCUAAAAUGAUGUAACGCAGAUACCUGUGCCAGGAUGGAUCAAGGCCCUGCAUACCAUGUGCAUUUACUAAAGCAGUAAAAAGUGAGACUUCUCCAGGCUACUCCCCUGCAGGGAGUUCCAGUACUGAAAAGCUUUUCAGAGACAGUCAUCCGAGGGCUGCCUCAUCUCUGUAAGGAAAGAUCUUCAAUGGAAACAGUUCUGGCAACAAGGAAACGAUGGGUAAACGACCUGCUGAGAGAGGUGCUGUUCUGUGAGUGACCCAGAGAGGGGGAGGACAGCAAGGUGCAAAGCCACCCCAGGAGCUGUCAUACAUUACAUUUACAUCCUCCUCUAAACCCGUUUUGAGUUAUCAGCCACGGUCUCCCCUUUUUCAGCAUCUUGCUUUCCCUUGGUAUGCUGUGCUCUUGCUGUAGGGGGGUUUGAUAUCUAAUUAAGCUGCGCCACUAUGCACACCUUUAUGCUGUGUGACUGUUCUGCUUAGGCAGUUGUGGUAAUUAGGAACAUGCAGUUACUCUGCUCAUCGGGGUUAGCAGCCGGUGCAAUUUGUACCUGUAAAAGCAUAAUGGUGAAAGUGUUUUGAACAAAGGCCCGUUUAAUGGGAAAAGUAAAUGGCUGGUGAAAUGGAAACUACUAGGCUUAACUAAAAGCUUAUUAAAAAGAUAGUUGCCUGGAAGGUUGACUUGGAUAUCAAGUGCUCGGAUGUGUGAAGGGAGUAAUUAAAAUGUACGAUGAUUUCUGGGAAAAACCUGUUGAACCCUCUGCAAAGAAACUUCCCCAAACUCCUGCACAAGCUGCAGGAAAUCCAUUGCAACUGAAUUUAGCCCGGAGAUCAUCAUUUCUGUGCUUCCAAGCUUUAAUACAAGGGUUUGGAAGUCACCUGAGCCUCUCUCAGCGUGAGCUGCAAGCUCUUCUCAUCACCUGAUGGUGUCGGUGAGCAGUGGAAUGUAGAAAUACAGAGAUGGAGCAUGACGCUCUGGAAGUAGAAAGGAAAACUGUGUUUUUGUUGUGAUUUUUCCCAAGCAGACCUGCUUCUGUUCAAGCUGCCAGCACGGAUGCAAGACCUCAGCUCCUACUCAGUUCUGGACGCACUCAGAUGCACACCCGUUGUAUUCUGUGUGCCUGCACAAAUACCUGCCCAACACCACUGCAGUGCAUACUGUUCCCCAGGUCCCUCCCAGAAGCACUUGCAUGCAGGAGGUUGGACAGGCUGAAGCAGAGCCAUGCAGACGCUGGAUAAGUAUACACCCCCCUGUGCUUCAUCUUGCUUGUGUGUAGGGCAAGGGGAUGCUCAUUCUAAAACCACAGCGAGCACUUUACUCCCUUCCAGAAGUUUUGCCAGCAGCUCCGCAGGCUCUGCCCUGCGCCGUGUGAAGCAGCCCUGGGAGCUCGUGCUGGAGGAGAGCAUCUGCUCCCAUGCUGCUGCAAGGCAGGAGAUGUGGGAGGAGGGCAGGUAUUGCUGGCUGCUAACUACAGUAUUUUCUGAAAUUAACACCGAAGGGAUCACAUCCAGAACCAGCACAGAUGAUUUUUUUCCCCCUCCCUUCUCCCCACCCAUAUUCAUCAAUUCAAGAGGCUGUGAUGCCAAGUGGCGACUCCAUAUGGGUAAAUAUGAAUUUGAAUGGCUGUCAGGGGAGGAUCAGCACCUAGCGAUGCCUUCAGGGUGCAGCAGCCUGCUGUAUUACAGCCAGCCAACGAGACUGACUUUGCCUGUCAGUGCGACGAAGAAGCGCUGCUCUGCUAUAAGGCAGGGAAUAGGGCAAGCAGCCAGGACACACAGCCUGAAGGGAGCUCUGAAGGGCAGUGAAUGUGGGCUGAAGUCCUCAUCCCUGCAGCACGUGGAUGAGACAUUUGGCUCUCUGUGUUGUCUGCUCUUUGUUGGUCCCUGAAUGAACCAUGGUGGGGUUCUUCCUUUCCUGCUGUGCACCUACCCCUCUUGCAUCAUCCUGCUGGUACUCAUUCUCCCCCCCCCCACCGUUUUAAUGCCAGGUGUAACAUCACCAUGCUGUUUCCUUCAGAAGUAGUCUACCAGGAUGGGUAAGAAGCCAUUUAGAUCCACACAGAAGCCUGUCACCUUGACUUUCAGCCCGGCUUUGGGGACAGUCCCUGCCACCAGGUAAGCAGCUGGGAAUAGGAACCCACAUCCCUGUGGUGUCUGGCUGUAGGGGCCUCAUCAAUCUGUUCCCAUGUCACCAUAUGUGGUCCAGUCCCUCCCAAACUUUGGGGCUACCAUCAGCCCUCAGGAUGUGCUUGUGGAUGCUAGCCAUCAAUGGGCUCUCUCACUUCUAAUCGGGUGUGCAGCACAGCUUAAAAACAUUUAACAAAUAGGGCUGGAAACCCAAUUCCUUCUCUAAAGGUUAAACCUCUGAACUGCAGAUAAUUACCGCCGUUCUCCUCCCUUUGGUAACGUCUUUUAUCUUAAGCUGUAGAAACAAUAUGUAGGUGCUUGAAAGGUUAAAAUACAUCAAUGUCUCAUGGUAUGGCUCCGAGUUAAAAAAUAGCAUCGUUGUGUUUCCAGAUGAUUAAACCCGGGGAGGGGGGGGGAGCUGGAGAUGGCUGGUGGCACUCGGUGGGUGAAUCGCUGGGAUUGCCACAGGUUCGCCCCAAGGCAGUUCAGGGCAUCGAUUUGACUCCAAAUCAGCAUGGGGGGAUUGGAUGGGACGGGGUGUCCUGGCCGGCAGCGGGCAGCAGGUGGCAUUGUAGCCUAGCGAGUGCUGCUGGCAGCAUUGGGGAUGGGGACAACGCGAUCCCCCCUCGGCAGGUGGCACAGAGCCUCAGGCAGCGCCGGGUGGCCUGUAGGGAUGCUCUUUGGCUCUGGCUCCUUCGUGAGGGCAGCAGGGUGAGUGUGGGGGUGAGCAGGGGCACCCUGCUUCUGCCAGCAUCCCGCCUGCCGUGCCUCAAAGAUCCAUCCUGCCAGGUGAAUUGGGACAGCUGGGGAAACUGAGGCAGGGAACGUGCCUGGGAAUGGGCACCACGAAGCUUCUGUCCCCACCCCGUGUCCCCCUGUGGGGACACAGGGCACCACGAGCUGUACCCCAGGACUUUGUGCGGCUGCAUGCCCUGUCUGAUGGGAUGAGAGCCAAUGCUGGAGCAGUUCUUCCUUCUCUCCGAGCUGCUCUGUUGCAUCUUUUAUCAGGCAGGGCUGCUGAGCUCAGGGAAACAGGAGCUGCUCGUGGCUGGGGCGGGCUCCAGAGGAGUUCUGCUGACUGCCCCUGGAUAACAGCAGCAGCAGUAAUAUGGGCACCCUGUGUGCAGGUGGGGGCUGCUGGGUGCCGUUACUGCCGGCUGCCAUAUCUCACCACGGGUGCUGUGAUGAAGAAGCCAGGUGGCGUUAGAAAAUUGGUUCUGGGUUGCUGGGUGCUGUGCUGCCGGUCCCCUUGGCUUCCCCCUUGUCUGCCUGCAGCAUGUUUGGGGUCAAGGUAUUCCUGAAGAGAUGGGCACGGAGCCACUUUUACCUGGGUUGUCCUCUGCUCCCUGAUCAAAGGCUUCAAACUGGCACGAGGCCAUGCUGGUGCCGGUGCUGAAACCCAAAGGUGUUUCUUCCAGCUGAGCACUCCUGAUUCAGCAUUUCAGCUGCCAGCACUUUACAGCAGCUGUGAGAUAACUAGAAGACACAGUGGGGCACUCCUCUUGGCCGGGCAUCUCCUGAUCAGCACGACACAGAGAUAGUGGCUGUGCACUCUCAGCACUCUGGGGAUAGAGGUGGGGUCAGCGAAAGGAUGUGGGGUCGUGGAGGUGGGGAGGGGUCCAGCCCUUAAAUGCUGUGCUUUGCACCCAGGGGGGAACGCCCCAGCAGGGAAGGCUUUGCAGCAGGAAUGUCUGAGAAGUCGGGGAGGAGUCUCUCCCAAAGGGGAAAUUUGGGUGAAGGAGGAAAAAUUUCUUCUCAGAAAGAGUGGUGAGGCAUUGGCACGCGCUGCCCAGGGUGGUGGUGGAGUCACCAUCUCUGGAGGUGUUACAGAACCGUGGAGAUGUGGCACUGAGGGAUGUGGUCGCUGGGCACGGUGGGGGCCCGCUGUCCUCUGCCACGGAGAUCUAGAGGUAAAAGCAUGACAAAGAGGCAUCUGAGCAACACUCUCAGACGUAGGGUCUGGUUUUUGAGUGGUCCUUUGUGGAGCCAGGAGCUGAGCUUCAGGCUGGCAGUGCCCUUCCCUUGUAGCAGAGGUAGGGAACGUGCAGGCUGUGCUGCCGGGAAGAGGUCAGUGUCAGCUCACAGCAGGUGAUAAACAUCUCCUGGACGUUGCCUGUGCCACGUAACCCUGCUGGGGGACGGAGUGCUGCCAGUGCUAUAAACCCCCGUCGGUCUCUGGUGUCAAUAGGCCUUUAUCUCUAAAAGGGAGUCUUAUUAACAGGGAGCGAACUUUGCUGCCUGUGGCGUGCUCUUGAAACCUGCCUUGAGGUUCUUCGUGCCCAAAUGAAAUGGGAGGGUUUGUGAGGAAAAGGAAAGCAGAGCAGGCACUGCUCCGGGAGCAAGAUGAGCACCCACCAACCUCCUGUAUGGCCCAGAGGUUGCACCCAAGCCUGCAAAAUGUUGUGCAGAACCCGUUUGGGCCUUUAAUUAACUCAUGUCUGUCUUUGUGCUCCCUCUGCAGCAAGAUCAGCUGCUGGCUGGCGGCCUGGGAAGGGCGAGGUGUCCAUUUUGCACCCUAUCUGCUUGUGAGGAGUGCUGGCCUGCAACCGGGCCUCUCUGUGCAGCUGCUUCCCUGUGCUGUUUGAGGAAAGGCAGCCCAUUUCUGUCAUGCUCUGAGCUUCUUCCUGUGGUGUGGGCUGCGAAGGGACCACGGAGGGCUGUGAGGGUGUCCCUCCAGGUGAUCUGCAGGUGUGACAUGGCCACCAGGGCCUCCCCUGCCAGCCAGCUCCCCAGGAGCUGUGGUUAGCAGCAGUGUGCCAGCAGGCAGCGAGGCCAGGCUGUGUUGGCAGGCAGGCUGUGGGCUUGGCAGCCUGUCCCGAGGUUUACAGAGCUGCCUGUUGGUUUGUCCCACGUCUCCCUCGGAGGCUGCAGCAGCAGAUGGCACUCUGUGUCCGCGUGCCAUCCCUGUGGGCAGGAGGUGGCCCCUCCAGGGUCAGCGAGGCAUGGAGCAGCUCCCUGACCUCCAGCCCUCUUUCCACAGCAAGACCUGGACUGGGGUGAUGGAAAGAUUUGGGCCUGAUGGAGGAAACGAGGAGGCACUCGGCGCAACGAGCAGCAAAUAUAGAUCAAACAGCAGGAAAUCCGCUCUCUGGCGGCUCAGGAGGGCCACGCAGUGGAAAGCCCUGGUCCAGCAGGAGGUCAUCCAAGACAAACAUGGAGCUGCUUUGUGGGGCGGCCCGGCUGGCGGGCAGGAUGGGCAGGCAUUCUGCUUCACUGCCAUCCCUGCAGGCGGUCAGGGAGGAGGUAUCCCAGCCCGUGGUAGGGAGAAGGAGCCCUUCUCACCAGUGCCUGAAGCGGUCUGCUGGGUUCUGUCAGCAGAAUGAGUUGUUUGCCAGCCUGAGUGGCAUCAGUGCGGAAGCAUAGAAUGGCUCAAGUUGGAAGGGACCUUAAAGAUCAUUGAGCUCCAAGCCUCAGCAGUUCUGCAUGUCCUCCUCAGGGAGGCUGGCUCCAAACACAGCCUGGCUUUGUUCUGUUCCAGUGGGAAUGGUUGUAUGUAUGCAAACUUAGACUUAAAUGUCCCACAGGGACGUGAUGCUCAUACAAGCAACUGCUCACCAAAAUGAACAGAGAGUUGGGUGGUACCUCUUGCAUUGCUGUGGCACCACCAGCACUGAUGUGUAGUGGCUUUUCCCAGGUGGAGAUCAAAGAAGUAGAGAUCGAAGACUCAUGAGCACUCUUGGAUGGCAUGUCCUACUGGCUUCCAGGGGGUAGGAAGGGGCAGAGAUUGAAUUGAGGGGUGUUUCCUCCCCAGUUUCUUUGUUGGAUGAAACUUGGGCUUGCCCAAAUGCUCUUGGACAGUCAUUUGGUAGUCAGUGCGUAACCAUCCUGUCACCCCUACUUGUGUGCCUUGUUUCUGCAGGGUGGGACAGGAGGUUACAGCUAAAAAGGGAUUCACCCCAACAGGGAGAGCAGGCUUUGCAUCUUCAGGCUGUACCUGGGCCUUGAGCCAGCCCCAGGCAAGCUGAUGCCCAAAGAAACUGUGGAUUUGGAUUUCCCAUCCCUGGAGGUGCCCAAGGCCACAGACGGGCCCUGGGCAGUCUGAUUUGGUGGGGGGGCAGCCAGCCCAUGGCAGGGGGUGGGACCGAGUGGGCUUUGAAGUCCCUUCCAACCCAAACCAUUCUGUGGUUCUAUGAUUUCUAACUGGGAAGGUGACAGCUCCCUGGGAACCUGCCUGGGCGUUCACUUGCUCACGGAAACCUUUAUCAAGAGAGUGAAGGUGAUUGUCCGGGCCCCUUGAUGUCCUCGGGAGAUAGCCUGCAGGGAGGCUUUCUGACAGGCUGCGAUCUCAGCUAUUGCCCUUUGACAGCAGCAGAGAUAAAGACGCAUGAACAUCCUGCUCAGGAAACUCCCUCCUCCUCGUGCGUCGGUCCUUGAGUCUGAUAAAUGCAGGUGAGACCUCUGCUCGCCGCAGGCAGCCUGCUGUUUUGCUUCCAGCAAGCAGCUGUGCUACGUCUUGGCAGCACUUUAAGUUUGGAUUACUUAGUGCCCAUUUGUCCCCUGCCUUGGGACGGUCCCUUGUGGUGGUUAGGAGUCUUCUGACUUCCAGCACGAGAGCAUCUGUGGCCGGCUCCUUGCUCAUCUGUUCUUGAGCCAGAGGACAGGGCUGGCACAAACAGCUCUUCUCCCUGCCUGCGCUCCUCGAUGUUGAUUCGAAGUAGUCUUCCUUUGGCCUUGGGUUUCAGAGGGAUGCGUUUCAAAACCAGAAAUAAAUGGGCUUGAAAUACUUCCCAUCAUUUUGUUUUGCGAGAUCUUGACCCUCUGAUAGUGAGAUUAGAAGAAAGAUAACAAAAUCAGCAUUCAGGCUUGGACAACUGUUGUUAAGUAGGCAGCCCACUGAAGUCAGUGCUUCUUGUUUACAAAUGAACUCAUGAAUUUUUAGAUAUUAAUGUAUGAGGGAUUGAGUAAACAACCAUUGUGCCUCUAAGGAAUGAGUCCCAGGCUGUCCUGAGCUGGAAUACUUUGUACUUUCCUGAUUGCCUUCCAAGAAUUUCAAAUUACUUUGUAACAGAAAAACAAGUCUGCUUCACCAGACGUGUGUGAGGUUCUCGGGGCAGCCUUAAUUCAUCGGCACCGGGAUGCGGUUGGUUUGGGUUUUGGGGCAUGGCUGUGUAUCUGGGCGUGGGAUGCUGAGCAUGGAGGUGUUGUAGUGAGAUGUGGAUGGCACUUAGGCCAGCUGAGCCAUAAGGAACCUAUGAAAACUUUGCUGCAGCGUGGAGGUCAAUCUGUAGCCCUGUUGGUCCCCGUUCCCAGCUUGAUGGACACGGGGACGCACCGUACACUGGCCCAUCAAUGUGGCUAGUGGGAGAGGUGAAGGGACUACUGGCAUUCACAUAGCAGGUGAGGGUGAGCAGAGUACCCUGCUCCCCUAACCCACAGCCUUUUGGGAGCAGCUGGGAUACUCUUGGGUAUGGGUACAGAGGAGCAGCCCCAGGGACCAGGUGUUGAAAGGAUGCGUGGCCAGGGACGUUCCCUGUGCUCCAGACCAUGUUAUGAACCCACGGGCUCUCCAGGCUUGCUGAAGCAUUUCAGAACACAGUGGCCCUGGCCACAGGCUUUGGUACCCAUGCAAAUUGCCCCUUAUUUCUGGCUGUCCUAUGCUCAGCAAGUGCUCUUGGGGAGCAGCCAGCCCAUUGCUUUCAACCAAAAAUAACACUUGGGACCGGAGACAGGUAUGCUUGAAUGUCCCUGCCCAUCUGGGCUGCCCCAGUGUCAUGUAACUUAUGUUUGUGCUGUCCUGUCCCACACACCAUGUGGGUGCCUUGGUGAAGCAGGCAGGAUGGGGCUCUCGCUACCUGGGUCGUGCUUGGGUUUGGUUUUAAAGCCAGCAGCCUGGAGCUGUGGAAAGAGUCAUGAAUCCGGGUUACCAAACCAUCUGCUGGCUGCAUUUUAAAAAGCAAUUAAAGCAAAACUGUUUCCAGGCCUUCUGUUUGCAAGAUGUAGUUUAAAGAGAGCUAGCCAAGCCAGGAUUUGCCUGAUCCUGCCACAGCUCCAAGUAUGAGUUAAUUUGAUCUAAUCCCCGUGCUGUGAGGUGAGGAAAUCCCCACUGAGGAAGUGUGCAGGUAAGCAGGGCUGUUGGCACAGGGGUUUCUGUAACAAUGAAAUCCACAAGACUGGCAUUUGGAUUAUUAUUUUUAUUGCUUCUAAUCAGAAAUUGUUACACAGGGCUUAAAGAAACAAAUAAUAGGAUGCAAGAACCCUUCUGCAAGGUGGAGGAUGAUGAGUGUUGCUUGAAGGUAAUGGCAUCGAGAUGCCCUUGCAAAGAUGCUCCUGUGCUUGGCUUUGGAGACUUGCAGGAGGCAACCAUGGAACCUGGACCAUGCAUCCAAUAAGGAGGAGGGGAUGCUCAAUGCUCCUGUGAUCUCAAGCCUCUUGGCCAUGCCUCCUGUGGGACACAGAAGCUGUUUCCCUAUGGGAACAGUUUGCCCUGGUGCUUGUUGGCAAUUGUGCUGAACCUCUUGUGACUGCACCUUUGGUGCUUUGGGUGUAAGGCAGAGACAAGUGAGGUCUGAUGUUGUGGAGCUCACGCUUGGACCAAAGCAUCUCCUUUUUCUAGCAGGAGAAGGUGGCGAGCUUCCGUGCUAGGUCUUGAUGGAGGCUGGGGUGGCGUGAUGGUGGCUUGUGGUGUGGGGUCGAGUGUAAGGACCAUGAGGUUUGAGCAUCGCUAAUGGGCACGACCAGCUGAACUUAGCGUGAGAAGGGGAGGAUAACCCCAAUAAGCUCACAACAGGGGGGUCAUUCCUGGGGUGUGGGGAGAGAUGCUUCUUGGUUUAGAAGAAAAGAAGAAAAAAGCCCCGAGAACAGCACUGAGCUGAGACAGCCACUUAUGCAAGAGCUGGCAGUGGGGCUGGCCGCACCGAAAGGCAGCGGGUGCCAGCAGGGCGCGAGUGGCUCUGCAUCCUCCUGUUUGCUCAGCAGCUUUCGUGUGGCGGGGGAGCUGGGUUGAGGGCACGAGAUUCCUGCACACUGAACUCCUCUGUUCCUCUCAGCAGGGUAAACAGGACAAAAAACAAAGCCCCAAGCCAGCGCCCGCCUCCAAGGUAGCCUCCUGCCAGCCACCCUGGGGUGCGCGGAGGUGAUGGGGUCACCUUCAGCCUCUCCAGGAUGAUUUCUGGAUGCUAUUUCCCUGGGUAAGUGAGUGUUGUUCCUGGUGAGGAGCGGGCAGGACAAAUGGGGCAAAGCACCCCAGCGAGUAUGGAUGUGGAUCAGCUGCCCAGCCCUGCAUCCUUGGUGAGCUGAGGAUGGGUGUUCCCAUGGUGAGCCCAGGCUGUGGGCUGUGCAGAUGCUGGUCAGGUUGAGUGUCCCCUGUGAGGGUUGUAGGUGUCCCAGCAGUGCUGAGCCCUAUUAUAGGUACCACGAGGUGCAGGGAGCGAGGAGAGGUGAGUACUGCUCCUCUCUGCAAUGAGCUCUGCAUCAUUUUGCUCAGAAAGCUGCUCUUUAGCUGUAGUUCCCCUCUGGGGCAAGAUCCAAGCUCUCUUGUCCAUGUCAGUGACAGAGGGUGAUGGGGCUGACCUCAGCCCUUUCCCAACGUGGUAUUAGCUAAUCCAGCUCCCCAGCGACGCAGCUGUGGGGCUGGUCCAUUGCCAGCCCCAGCCCAUGCCAGCUCUCCUGCAUUUCCACAGAACUGUGAUUGCACCACUGCAGCCUUGCUCAGAGCAAGGUGAGAAGGAAGGAAGUUUGAAACACUAGAGAGUUUCCUUUCAAAUGGGAUUUGCAUCAAAGAAGCCCGUAUUUAGCUUGAUGCAGCUUGGUUUGCUGUAGGGCUGCCAGGAAAUGUUAAAGCAGCACGGUGGGAAGGUUGUUUUGGUGCUGCACAUCUGUCCUGUGUUGUCUGUCCUGGUCGCCCAUGGAGCCGUAUGAGAGCCGGGGUGCACUGGCCUGGAGUAGGGGAGGGAUGUGGGGGGCUGAGGAGUGACAUGCCUGAGCAGCAGCGGGUGCUGAGCUCCUCUGUACCCAUCGGGAUCUCAGGAGGAGGAGUCAAGUCUUGGGGCCGCUACCCAAACCUCUCUGCCUGGGGUUUGGUGAGAGCUGGCUUUCUCUGGGGAUUCCCACCCCAGGCUUGAUGGGUUGGAAAUACUGCAAGAGCAGCCCUUUUUUGUUGUUGUUUUUGUUUUUAUUCUCCUGAUGUUUGUGUCUUUCCACUUCCGUCCCUGGCCAAAGCAUGUGAUGCCAAGGCAAAAGAGGCAGGCACACCCAGCAGGGUAGGGGGAGGAGAGGGGUGCAAGUGCCUUUAACCCACAGGAAAAGGGAAACAGAAGGGAAAACCCAUAGCUGGCACCAAGGAGGCUUAAGCCAUGGUCUGUUCUGUCCAGACACAGGGAGUGACGUGGUGACCACCAGAAUGCAGAGCCCCAGGGCUGUGCCUCGGCACCGCAUGGGACAUCACCAGGGGUCUCAUGGCACAGACCCCCCUCCCCUUCACCCUGCUUUGAGCUGCAAUAUGGUCACAAGCUGCCUUAGCAGGAAGGGAUCAAGCAUUCAAAAGCAGCGCGGGAUCAAAGCUUUCUAAACACUCGGGGCAUUUGGCUUGGGAGGUUUUGUUCCAUCUAUUUAUAGCGGUGGGGCCAAGCGAGUUCAGAGUUGGAGGCAAACUUUUCCGAAGCUGGGGGACGUUUGGAGCGGGAGGGGGAAAGGGAACUCGGCCAGGCCCAUCUUCAACAUGCAUUGACUCCUUCCCUUAGGUAUGUGUUGCUCUCCAUGACACACUAACAACAAGCCUGCAUAGCAGAGCCUGGCUGAGGCUGCAAGGAUUGAGGCAAAAAUGUGAAUUGGCUGGGAAUGGGAACAUGAAAUAAAGAGCUUCCAAACAGCAAAGACAUGGUGUUUGAAAGUGAAAAUUGUUUCCUUACCAACGUGCUUUCACCCUUGGGUCAACAUCCUUCAAUUAUAAGUAUGCUUGUGUUGUUUUCCAGGGGAAAGCUGGUGAGGAUUCCAGGGCAAAAUAAGGCUAAGGGUAUCCUGAAGCAUAUGCUAUGUUUAUAAAUGGAGGGGAGGGAUCUUCUCAUCUACAAGAAGAAAUUUUUGUGGUGUAAUUGAAGAACAUGUUGGUUUUCUGUGCUACACCCUGUAGGCAAAAUCAGGCUUUAACUGCAAGCAAGCAAACCAAUGAGCAUACAGGUGAGAUUGUGCAAUGUCCGCGCCAUCGCCCUUGCGGGGCAUGCAGGCAAUGGCUGGGAUUUUCCUGCAUCUACCAAGUGAGUGGUGCUGGCACUGGUUAAUACUGAGGGGCUGGGGAAGUAAUCCUUCGGGGAGUGCUGCAUGAUCUCCGAUGGUUUUAGAGAGAGAAUUCUGUGAGCUGGGAGGUAGGAGCGACAGCAGUGAUACAAAGCUCGUUGGGAUAGAACACGAGGUCUUUGAGCUAGAGGAGCAAUAACAUACAAUAAAGUAGGACUUUGAUGUCUGGAGGUGGCAGAGAAGAGUCACCACCUGAAUGCUGGCAUGCAAAAGGCAGAUGCACAUUUAGAAUAUCAGGUUGGAAAAGGCCACUAAAAUCAAGUCCGACUGCCAACCCAUCACCACCAUGCCCAUUAACUAUGGCCUUCCGUGCCACAUCUAUGUAUUUCUUGGGGAUUCUCGUGGUGGUGUCUCUCCGUUGACAUUAAAACCUCCAGCUCAGGACCCACCAAGAUGUCUGCUGGAACAGAGGGUGCAGAUCUGACCGUCCUUAUUCCAGAAAAUGUCAGCUGGGGGCGAGCACAUUGCAAAUGAAGGUGCAGGAGGCAUGAGGACAGGAGGUGAUUGUCCCUCAGCUUUCCAGCUUGGCAGCGGCAGGCGCUGAGCCCAGUUUCCACCCCUGCCAGGCAGAAGAAAAUGUUCUUCUCCUAUUUGCCUCCUAAUGAUGAUGGUGACGGUGCUCCUCUUGCAUUGUGUUUGUCCUUAAUGCUGAAAGACGGUUCUUGUGCUUGGUGCUAGUGUUCCCAGCCCUUGGCUUGGGCAGGGUAUGCCAGCCAACUGGACAACCAUUCGUUCCUCUGAGAGCCUGUCUGUUCUGCAAUUAACAGACAAAAUGCCCACCACUGUGGCUGGAAAAAAAAAAGUUUUAAUUAAAAUCCUUUGGUGUUGGCCUUGACCGGACUGGAGAGUGAACAGGAGGAGGGCAGGAGGCCCAGGUCAUGUCUUGGGCCACCCCAGCAGAGCAUCCCUGAGCUGGGGCUGAACACAGGGCAGGGCCUGGGUUUUAAUUGCUUUUUUUUCUUUUUUUCCUAUUUUCCCUUGGGUGACCCAUCCAAGGGAUGGUCACAAGCAGAUAGGAUACUGCCAACCGUCCUCAGGUCCUUUGUGUCUUAAUGAAGAGCCAUGAAUAGGAGUUCACAUCACACACAAACGAAGACACCUCACCCUUUUCCCUAAUGAGUGUCACUCUUAAAGUGCUUUUGUCAUGGGCUUUGCUUGGCUUGUAGAGGUGCCUGGGGCCCUGUCUCCUAGGCUGCUGUCACCUUCCCCAUCUCCCAUGGCCAGCAGGAAGGUGACAUGGCAGACACCGUUUCAGGACCAGUAAUGUGUGUGGUUCCCCAACUCCACUGCUACAGUUUCCUUCCUCUGGGGAAAGCCCAGGAAAUUCGUGGAAGCAUCACCAAAUAAGCCUCAGGAAGCAAGAAGGGUCUCCAUGUCAUCCUGCUUGCUUACGUGAUAGCCAGCUUUCUGGGCCUUUUUCUGUUCCCUCUGCUCAGGACAGAGUGAUGGAUUUUCUGGUUCUCAUGCUAGUAAGUAAGAAAGAUUAAUCAUAUCAUCACUAAGGUUGGAAGGGACUAUUAAGAUCAUCUAGUCUAACUCCAACCCAUCCCCAUCAUGCCCACUAAGCUACGUCCCUUGUGCAGCAUGGAGUGGCCAUCCAGCACUGUGGCAAGGGAAAGGGUUUUACUUUUCAUUUGGGCUCUGGCCUGGAGAAAUCACUGGUCUUAUACAAGUUUAAAAACAAAAAUAGAUCCUCUUCUGCUGCCGUUUAAAUGCUUCUCUCUUGCCUUAGGUUGUGAUUUUGUGCUGUGCAGUCUGGGCACCGCGGGAGCUCCUCAGCCCAUGCUGGUGAAGGAGGUGACAUCAAGGCAAACCGAGAGCUUGGUGGAUGGAUUUGGGAUGGAUUGCUGCAUGGCACAGCACGAGCCCAUCCCUCAGAGCCAGGACCAUUCCCUGUCGGUGGCAAUGUCCAACCCCCAUGAGUGGGAUAUGGCACGGAGGAUGGCAGCUCAGGGCAUGGCAGCAGCAGGGGCAUCCCAGGCGUUUGGCAGCCGAACGGUGAUUUGGGCAUGCGGGGGAAGAGGAGCACAACUUUGGGCAUCCCAACACGAGGGCUGAUAUUUGGCCCCUGGCCGGGAACACGGACCACCUCGCCAAGCUGCUGUUCCCGUUUGUCAUUCAGCGCUAAGGAAAUCUGCGCCAUUCUCUGUCAUCCUCCCCAUCCCGGAGGAUAAUUGAUGCUAACGUCAUUUCAGCUCGGUCCAGCUGCCAGGCUCAGGAACAGAUGUUUUAUUGUUCCAAUUGAGAACAAAACAAAAAAGCAAACCCCCCCCCCCCCCCCCCCCCCCCCCCCCCCCCCCCCCAAAAAAAAUAAAAGCAGCGCCGCUCAGCUGAUUUGUGCUUGCGAUGAGGUUAGCCACAGCUUCCUCACCCCAAAAAUACACAAAGAGGGAACAGCAGCCCCAGGGGAGACCCAGGCCUACAGGAAAGGCAAGAUUUAUCCAUCCAGCUCAGUGCAAACCUCUUCCCUAUGGGUAAGCGUGGCACCUCUCCUGUGCAGAAGUGGGAAACGCAAACCGCUCGAGUGAUCUCCCCUACGUGGCCGAAGCGGAGGCACGGGGCUGCGGGUGAAGCCUACGUGAGCAUCUUUUGACACCUCCUGGUGUGUGCCACAUGCUUGUCACCGCUGCUGGCAGCGCACCGUGUUCUCACCCUGCUCCAUGAGGUGGGGGUGGUAAGGAUCUGAUCUUCGUCGUACCACUGGGUGAGCACCAACGGGACCGAGCUACCACGUCCCCCACUUUGCUGUCCGCUGGUGUGCUCCCAUCCCAUUCCAAACACCCUCUGUCCCGUACAUGCUUUGUAAUACAUUCCUUUGGAGGGA